AUGACUGCCUCACUCCUUACCCUAGAUGUCAAGGGCGCUUUUGAUGCCGUGCUUCCCGGCAGACUCAUCCGCAGAUUACGAAACCCAAGGAACAGAUUUGGUUACACAGAUGACGCAGCUAACCUGGCAAUCUCAACAUCUCUUGCUACUAACUGCGAAGCAUUAUCAGACUCACUACAAGAAGCUCUAAACUGGGGCGCUGCAGAGGGCAUUACAUUUGCACUAGAUAAAUACGAGCUUCUUCACUUCUCCCAACAUAAAGCAGACCAGGACCCAACCUACACACCUUCAGUAAAAGCUGGAUCUAUUAUAAUCUCAGAAAAUACUAAAUGGCUAUAUCUACGCUAG